AGAAAACUUUAUUCUUGGACUGCCCUUCAGAUUUGAGCUGGAUCUCCCUUUUUUUCUUUGUCAUCAGCAGGUACUCAUUCCUUUUCAUUGCUAUGCAGUCUCAUAAAUUCUAACUGUAACUUGACAAGGAUGUUGUUUGCCAACCAAAUUUCCAUUUAUUAUAAGGGAGGUUUGGAUUGGAUUGGUUUAAUAAAAAGAUCUUAAUCCUGAUCCCUUUAGAGUUGGUCAAAAAAGCACUAUACUAUUUUGGGAUAAUUAAAUCUAUACGUGCUACUAUAGAGUGGGUUAUACCUGGCUUUUAUUGAGCUUUUUAUGUUUUUUUGUUUGUUUGUUUGUUUUUUUUAAUAUGUUCAAAAUGUUGUUUUUAUUAAUACUUUCUAAAUUAUUAUACUGAAUAACAUGUUAAAAUUGUAUUUAAUUUCUUGAACACAGAUUUUUUUUAUUUUUUUAUUUUGUUACUGUAGCUUGUCUCUUUGAAGGUAUAUCUGUUAUUUUUCUUUUCAGAGUUCAAGGCAGUUAGCAUCUCGAUUUCAUGAACAAUUUGUUGUACGGGAAGAUCUUAUGGGUCUUGCGAUUGGUACUCAUGGAGCCAAUAUUCAGCAAGCUAGAAAGGUUCCUGGUGUAACUGCAAUCGAUUUGGAUGAGGACACGUGUACAUUUCAUAUUUAUGGAGAGGUAUGAUUUUCAGUUAGUCAAUAUAUACUUUGUUAAAGUCAUUGAACACUACAGCAUUUCUGUAUAUAGAUGGUAUGCUUUAGUAAUACAAACCUACCUGGCCUCUACUGGGGUGUGGAUAAGGCAGAGAUUACACACUUACUUGUAGUCAUACCCAUUCAUAAAAGCAAUGGAAGCCCUGAUAGACUAAAAUCUGUCAGCCAAUCAUCCAUUGUUUUCAGGCCAAUACUUCUUAAUUCGCCAAAACAGCUGAAAGGGCAGCAUCAGGGGAUUCCAGACACUUUAAACUGUUCAAUGAGACGCAGAAACUAUGCCUACACUGUCCCAUUUAAAGGACCACUAUAGGCACCCAGACCACUUCAGCUUAAUGAAGUGGUCUGGGUGCCAGGUCCAGCUAGGGUUCACCUUUUUUACUGUAAACAUAGCAGUUUCAGAGAAAAUGUUAUGUUUACAAAUGGGUUAAUCCAGCCUCUAGCGGCUCUCUCAUUGAUUAACCCCUUCCUCCCCCCACGGCGCCACGGGAGUGGGACGAGUAUGUUUUCCUGGCACUAUAGUGGUCAUUUAAUACAUUUUCUGUGCUGAGUUAAAAACAGAGAAUUGGGUAUAUACCGGUGGUUUUUUUUUUGGAUCUGAUAUGUUUAGGCUGUGACUUUAUUUUGAUUACAUUUUCUUUGCAGAGAUAGUAAUCUAACACAAUCAACUUUCAAAGAAAAAUAAAUUAAAGUAUUUAUUUUUUAGUUUGACAUGGAUCAAACUAUUUUAAAUGUAAAUGGUAGGGGCUAUGUGCAUUUAUACACUGGGUAACUCCUAGAGCUUCACUUGCGUUUUGGUUUAUCAUUUUGUUUUAGUUUUCUUAGAAGUAGAAAAACAAAGACCCCCAUGUUGAAAUGUAUAUGCAUAAGUAUACCAUAUUUAUUUAUUUUGUGCUACAUUUGUGCUAGUUGACUGCUAUAAAUGCAAAAAGCAAGCAUGCACUGUCUAACUUUUUGUAACAGGAACUGAGACGAAUUGGUUAUUGUAACAUUACACCUAUGCCUUCCAUAUUACCCUGUUGUAAAAAGGUUUCUAGAACCUCAUGGUGAGGACUUGAUAGUCAGUGCAUACUCAAAUUUUUGUUCUGAUCUGAAUAGGUCUGUAAAGCUUUUACAUUUAUUUGCUCUGUUAGUAUCCUUGAACUUAACAGGAGAACUAAAAUUAGCAGAGGGAUCUUGACCAUUUUGUAGUCUUUGUAAGUGUUCACUGUUCCUUUUUGUAUGUUGAGCUGUACCUCUACAAUAGAAAAGUAAUUAACUAAUGUGUCAUUGUUUUAAAAAGUAAAACAAAUUCUGGUUAUUUUGUAGGACCAAGAUGCUGUAAAGAAAGCCAGGACCUACCUUGAAUUUGCAGAGGAUGUGAUACAAGUUCCUCGAAAUUUAGUAGGUAUGUACUUAUCAGUAUUUUCUUUAAUGGGUGUUUGUUUGUUUUUAAGCAUUAUUUAAAGCGCAUCAUACAGCAUGUAUUUUUUGUGAACACACCAUAGGAAUGUUUCUUCCCAGUAGAGUACUUGUGGCUCUAUGGCCUUUCUCUGCAGGUUACAGUUGGACAUCUGAAAUGCAGGUGCCAGGGAAAGCACCUGUGCAUUUCUACACACGGCUGAACAGUUCUGAGGUGAAAUUCAUUCAGUGGUUGUAAUGCAUUCAACCUGGAAUUGUGAAGCACAUGCACAAAGCAAUUAGAUGUUUCACUCCAAAUUAAAAAAGAGAAAGGCAAGCUCUUAAGAAUGACUGACUCCUCAUAUGAAAUUUUGAGAUUGUUUACCCAAGCUGUGGACUUAUCCAUCCAAAGAACACCUUUUUGGCUAAGAUCAUGGACAGCUGAUACAUCCAAAUAUCCUGGCUAGACAACCUGUUAUAAUAGAUGGUGGAUGGCAGGAAAUGUCUCCCCCAAAGACAAAUAGAACCAGGUGAAGCAGAAUAUGUCUUUUUUUUUCUUUCUUUUUUUUCUAAAGAACAGUCUUCGUAUCAGUAUUAAUUUUGAAGAUCAUGGCUUCAAACAGCUGUUUUACCACAGAUUUGGUAAUUAGGGAAAGGUUUCCGGCAAUAUCACAGGAAUAUAAGAUGGGAAAUUCUACAACUACACCAUUGAAAAGAAAGCAUGUAAGCCAGAUCUAGAGAGGAUUCUUGCUUCAUAUCUGUAUUUACAGGGUAAAAUUGGAUUGCCUCCCUCCUCCUACAUCUGUGUUCAGAGUAAAUUCGGUGAAAUUUGUUUGUCUGGUCAAUGAAGUGGACACUCUAUGCAGUAAUAAGAGUUGUCUCUCUGUCAAGGCCUUAUCCAAGAAUCUUUAUAGUAAAAGAAACUUCUGGCACUUACAAAUUCAAGUGUAUGUCCAGGAAUAUCAUCUUUGUGUAAUCAGGACUUCUUGCAGCCUGUUUUCUGAUUUCUGACUGUGAAAUCCUAAAUUCAAAGAGUGCUGAUCUGGACGUAAUUACUAUCUUGGUUUAAGCUAAAAAGGCAAUAAAGUAUAUAUAUAUCUGUUCCUUUGCAAUAAUAUUGCCUCUUAUUGUGGAAUGCUGAUACUUGGUUGAUGUUCUUUAGUUUGUUGUGACUUCCUGGAUUAUUUAAUCAUAUUUAUUUAACAGUUUGGCAUGGUGGCCUUUCCUAUGAAUAUUUUUCUUUUGUCACAAUCUUUACAAAAACUAACUGGGCCACAUAGUGUGGUGCAAGCUCCUUACUAAACACCUCUUCAUUAAGUUAUUCUGUCCAUUUUUAUGUAAAAAGCAAUUCAUCAAUACUUUGUAAUGUGCAGCAAAGGUUGGUAGCUUUGUAGGGCUAAACAUAAUGUGUGUUUAAGGACAUCCUAGAUAAGCAUUAUUUGACUUAAGUUACUUAAAAUAUGGCUGAUCAGUGAUCCAAAUAUUUAUUUAAAAUUUUCAUCAAUCUUAUGUAUUAAUCAUAUCAGAAUAUUCUUUUUGUAAUGUGAUUCUUUUCAAAAAAUUUCUAAUUGAAUUUUGUUUUGUUUUUUCCAGUAUAUUUAGUAUUAUAAAAUGAAAUCAAAAAUGAAGAAAAGUAAAAUACAAACUGUUUACAUAAACAAACAUUUGAAUUCUACAUAAACAAUAAUACCAUUGCGUCAUUCUUAUUUGUAUCAACAAUAUAUUCAGCAUUAUAUAAUUAAUUCAAAAGAUAGUUUAAUAUAUAUCUGUCUACCUAAACAAACAGUUGCAGCAUACAAUUAUAACAGUACAGUUACUUCAUUAUACUGUAGCUAUGUAUUCUAGUAUUUCCUUUACAUAAGUUAAGCCAAGUUUUAAUCAAUUUAGAAUAACAGUUCAACUAUUAAAAGUUGUAGAAAGUUGUAAAAAAGAAUGUUGACUAUGUGAUAGCAGCCAGUCAGAAACUUUUUAUAUUUGAUGCGUUUGAUUCUGGUGGAUGUCAUUCGUGUUAUAAUGAAGUCCAGGGUAGCUGUACAAUUUUGCUACAAACUUACGAAGAGACAUAACAUUCAUCAUUAUAAGUUCUAAGCAUUUAAAGUGCGAUGUUAACAUCCUUUUUUCGUAAAACAUAGAUCACGUUAUGUUUUUAAUUAUUCACAGGUAAAGUGAUUGGAAAAAAUGGAAAACUCAUUCAAGAAAUUGUUGACAAAUCAGGAGUGGUUCGAGUGAGAAUCGAAGCUGAAAAUGACAAGAAUAUUUCCCAAGAAGAGGUAUGUGUGGGAUGCUUUUUCUGUUUUGACUUUUUUGUUGUUGUUGUUGUUGUUGUUAUUAUUAUUAUUAUUAUUAUUAUUAUUAUUAUUAUUAUUAUUGGUUUUAUUUAUUGGAUGCAAGUUUCAAAAUCGUAUGUAUUGUACUUUCAGCUUGGUUCUAAAUUAUUAGGUCAUUCACAGGUUAAUUCUUAAUGUUCUAUGUUGGGGGUCCAAUUUAUUUUGUGUGUGUGUGUGUGUGUGUGUGUGUGUGUGUGUAUGUAUAUGUGUAUGUGUGUGUGUGUGUAUGUAUGUAUGUGUGUAUAUAUAUAUAUAUAUAUAGUGUGUGUGUGUUUUAUCGAUAACACAUUUAUGUUCCCACAUGUACAUCACAUUCUUCUGAUUUUUUUUUUUUAAUACAGAUAUUUGAUUUCCUUGACAGCUAAUAGUGCUGCUUCUGUUUUACUUUUAAAACUGAUAAUAAGCAAUAUUAAAGGAACACUAUAGUUACCAGAACUACAGCUUAAUGUAGUUGGUCUGGUGAGUAUAGUAUAUCCCUGCAGGCAUUUUGCUGUAAACACUGCCUUUUGCUGCUUGGAGACAUCUCUAAUGGCAGUCACUGACUGCCUCAAGAGGUGCUUCCUGGAUCAGUGCUGGACAACGUGUUGAACUUUCCUAAAAGAUGCAUUGAUUCAACAAUGAUUUUUCUAACACUAUAGGGUCAUGUAUUUCCUGACUAUAUUGUGUUAAUGUAAUGUAUAUUAAACUUUUAUCAAGCCAGAUAAUUUUCUUUGGGGGGUGGGGGGGGGAGGCUGGUUGGUUGUUUUUUGGGGGGCUGCUGUCUUAGUUAAAGAUUUAAUUAUUUUUCUUUCCCUCACAGGGAAUGGUUCCAUUUGUUUUCGUGGGCACAAAAGACAGCAUUACCAAUGCUACUGUUCUUUUGGAUUAUCAUCUAAACUAUUUAAAGGUAAAUAUAUUGAACUCUAGCUGAAGUUAUUCAUUUAUUUUGAUAGUCUGAAUCUGAUUUAUUAAAGUGUUUCUUUUAAAGCAAAUCUAGCAUGGUGGUACUGUACAUAUUUUUAUGUUGACACAUAUAACCUAAAAAUAACAUAUUUUAACAUCCAUAUGGGAGUACACAUAUAUGCAUACAGACACGUGUUCCAAUCUUUAAUUAUGAAUAAAAUAAUUGUAUGUGUUGCUUUCACUUGCACCUUGACUGGAUUACAUUUUAUAAAUUGAAUGAAGUGGACUGUUCAUCCACCAUCUAAAGUUUAUGGCAGGUCCACUUUUUUGUUUUGUGUCACUGCAGUAUAGAGCUGGUAUAUUCAGGCACAUAUCGAACCGUUUGACAGUGUCUGUUAUAGAAGUCUCAGAAGUAAGACAACAUUUUGUGGCAAUAAAAUAAAUGUACUUUCAACUUUAAUGAAACACUAGGAAGUGGACCAACUCCGCCUUGAAAGGUUGCAGAUUGAUGAGCAACUUCGUCAAAUUGGAGCCAGCUCUAGGCCUCCCCCCAGUCGCCCAGACAAGGAGAAGGGAUAUAUGAGUGAAGAUUGUAGUGGCAUGGGACGGGGAAGUCGUCCUUACAACAGUCGAGGACGCAGCAGGCGGGGCACAGGCUAUGCCUCAGGUAAGUCUUUUUAAUUUAUUUUUUAUUUUAAUGCUGCGCUCUUUGUGUAAUCAUACGCCGCCGCCUCUUUUAAACGUCAUGCGUUUACCACCUUUUGUUCUUAAGUGUCUAUCUUCUCAUGCUAAUUUUGUUCACCUAUUGUAUGCAAUAUCUUGCUACUUUAUAAAUAAUAUGUAUAACUUCUCUUUGUAUUCCUAGCACUAUAGUAUCCCUUUAAACUUUCAAAACACAUGAGGCCGCUGCAGUCUCUUGUAGGAAAUUGUCAGAAUAGGAUAUUAGAAUUUCUAAAUUAAAGAUACUGUGAUAGAGCUUAAUAAAAAUAACUCUUUUGUAGCCAGGGGAGCAGUAACUAGCACUACGUAAAAAAAAUAUUUUGUACCUUGACCUUUUUAUUCAUCGCUAUCCCUGUACUCUGAUUCGCUGUUUAAUUAUCCUAUCAUAUUUUAAGCUCCCCCCAUCACAAAUUCAUACACAAUAUUUGUCAGGAAAGUUUAAAGGCAUACACUGUAGUCCCCAAAACAACUCUACCUUAAUGAAGCAGUUUUGGUGUAUUGAUCAUGCCCUCCUGUCUCACUGCUCAAUUGUCUACCAUUUAGGAGUUUAAUCACCUUGUUUUUGCAGCCCUCGUCAGAUCUUCCUGCAUGUGAUCCGUAUGCCUUCCACUUCCUGUAAAGAGAGCUCUAAUGUUUAAACUUUCUGUAUUGCACUGUGCGUUUAAUUUAGAAUUUAUCUCCUGCUCUGUUAAUGGAUUGCUAGAGCAUGUCUGAGCCUCCUGUGCGUGAUUUAAAGUUUUGUUGUAAGUCACAGCCAGGGGAGGUGUGGCUAAGGCUGUAUAAACAGAAGUAAAAGUAAUUUUAAAUCCUAAAUGGCAGAAAAUUGAGCAGUGAGACUUCAGGGGCAUGAUUAAUACACCAAAGCCACUUCAUUAAAGGAACACUAGUGUUUUUACUACACUAUUUAGGUCCCCUGCUCCCCUUAGAUUGCAUGGGUAAAGUAAUUUUACUCACCUUUUCUGUCUCCAUUACGGAGUUAUCAGUAUUGAUGAUCUCAGCCAAUCCAAUACGUUCUCUUAGGCAAACAUUGUGGGGCUAUUGCGCUUGUGCAGCAUAAGACUGCACCAAUCAGCAUAGCCUUAUGGAGACCGUUAAGCCAUUCCAUGCAAGGUGUGGAGAUGCUGAACACCUGAGCUUCACAAUUUAAGCACUGUACUAGGAAGCACCUCUAGUGGCUGUCUGUGUGCCUGCCACUAGCUGUGUACCUUGGCAGCAAUGUAAAAACUGCCUUUUCUCUGCUCAGACUGUAGGGACAGGCUAUGGAUACCAGAACCACUACAUUGCUGAACCAGAACCACUACAUAGCUGUAGUGGUUCUAGUGACUAUAGUAAAAUAUAGUAAAAUAUAUUUUGAUUCCUAUACUAUCCCUUUAAAGAUAAUCAUACUCUGUAUCAUCUGUAUCAUUUCAAUUUUGAAUCUGUUACUUUUUGCUACACAAUAUUUGCAUUCCCUUGGCUUUUCUCUACAAUUGGGUGUCUAGUAAAUAUCACCACAUAACUGUUUAAUUUUAUGACCAGAAUCUAAAAAUAAAGCAUGAGAUGGCAAAUUGAGUUUACCAACCUUUAGGGAAUAGAGCCCAUACCUUUUUCGAGGGCUGUUGAAUCAUUUUGUGGCGUAAUAUUUUGUCAGGUACGAAUUCAGAGGCUUCUAAUGCUUCAGAGACUGAAUCAGACCACCGAGAUGAACUAAGCGAUUGGUCCUUGGCUCCAGCUGAAGAUGAUCGUGAUAACUAUCUACGAAGAGGAGAUACACGUAGACGUGGUGGAGCACGGGGUCAAGGGUUAAGAGGACGUGGAGGCUUCAAGGGUAAUAUUUUGCAUUUGUUUUUUCCCUCAUAUUGUAGAAAUAUAUGAAGAUCAUUGGAAAACUUCAAAGCAAAAACGCACUGAUAGCUGUAGAUUGAACAGUAAGCACAUUAAAACAGUGCAUCCUGUCAUACCAAACAUGACUUCUUUGUAUUGCUGUUACAUCAUCUUUGCAAAAAAAAAAAUGGCAAAUUAAUGUUUUCUACAAAACAAAAAAGGCAACACUAUUGCCACAGUAGGGCCCAUUCAUGCAUCUGCUCAGCUUGGCAUGAGUCGAAUUUGUAGUCAUAUUGGAGACAAACGCAAUAACCAGACUUUCAAUUUGGUUGGCAGUCUAAUAAUCACAAUGUGUAUAACAAUUACAUAGGUAAUGUAGUUAUAUUGUUUAAUUCAUUCUAUGAACUUGCAUUAUUUUAAUCAUUAGCAUAUAUUGACACAGGACAUACUUGAAACCGAGAGAAAUCUCAAUGUAUCUUUCCUGUUAAAAUAUUUUAUAAAUAAAAUAUAUAUAUUUUUAAAUAUAAUAGAAAUUGUCAUCACUAUCUGUCACAUACUAUUUGUCUUUGCCCUUAUAAUGAUGGAAUUGAAAAAGAAAAUGUAAAAAAAUUUUUUUUUUGUUUUUCCCUCUUAGUAAAUGAUGACCAAUCACGAGCUGACAACAGACAGCGCAAUUCAAGAGAGACUAAAGCGAGGACAUCCGAUAGCUCUCUACAGGUUAUUAUUAAACAUUUUUAUUAAUACAUAAAUAUGUAGUGUAAAGGUGUUUACAUGGAUAGCUGGAGAUAGGUUGAAGGAGUAAUUAUGAGCUGAAAAAUCCAAAAAGCUUACUUUUAUUCUGGCAAGUAAUAUAAACCUCCAGACUGACAUCACAACACAUCAUGCUUGGUGUUUUGCACUGUGAGGUGCUUAACCAUAAACAACCUGUCCCAGAAUAAACAAUUGUAUGCUUAGCAGAGGAAAACACUUUUCAUAUAAGAUGAAUAGUUGUUUAUAUAGCAUUGCAUUAUUUAUUGUGUGUCCUCAAUUAAAGGAACACUAUAGUCACCUAAAUUACUUUAGCUAAAUAAAGCAGUUUUAGUGUAUAGAUCAUUCCCCUGCAAUUUCACCGCUCAAUUCACUGUCAUUUAGGAGUUAAAUCACUUUGUUUCUGUUUAUGCAGCCCUAGCCACACCUCCCCUGGCUAUGAUUGACAGAGCCUGCAUGGAAAAAAAACUGGUUUCACUUUCAAACAGAUGUAAUUUACAUUAAAUAAUUGUAUCUCAAUCUCUAAAUUGAACUUUAAUCACAUACAGGAAGCUCUUGCAGGGUCUAGCAAGCUAUUAACAUAGCAGGGGAUAAGAAAAUCUUAAUUAAACAGAACUUUCAAUAAAUAAAGCCUAAAUAUUGCUCUCUUUACAGGAAGUGUUUAUGGAAGGCUGUGCAUGUCACAUGCAGGGAGCUGUGACUAGGGUUCAUAAACAAAGGGAUUUAACUCCUAAAUGGCAGAGGAUUGAGCAGUGAGGCUGCAGGGACAUGUUCUAUACACCAAAACUGCUUCAUUAAGCUAAAGUUGUUAAGGUGACUAUAGUGUCCCCUUAAGGGAAUGCUCCAAGUACCAUAACCAUUAAUGUGUACUCUGUUCUUUGGGAAAGUACAUAUGUCACUUAAUUUAAUUUGUAAUUUUAAGCCUAAAUACUGCAAUCCAAGACGCGGUCAUGUGGAAAUGAUAGUUGAGAGCAUGUCUGUGUACUUUUAUAAUUGUAUGGUCUUGUGCGUGUGAACAUUUGAAAUAAAUCAGUGUUUGUUCAUUUCAGAUCCGGAUUGACUGCAAUAACGAGAGAAGUGUACAUACUAAAACUCUGCAGAAUGCAUCUAUUGAGGGCAACCGCUUGCGCUCUGGCAAAGAUCGCAUCCUAAAGAAGGAGAAACCAGAGGUGGUGGAUGGCCAACAAUUGGUGGUUAAUGGUGUCCCAUAACCGUACAUGUCUAAAGUCAUCACAAUCUGAAUAAAAUAAACGUAAUUUGCAUUAGAGAAACCUGUUAGGCCAAAGACAAAUGGGCAAGACGAUGCAGGGCAUAAAACAGAGCCACUGUUAGCCUUCUUUCGUUUGCAUUGGCUGUUAACAGUUUUCAAAUGUCAGACAUUGGGAACAUAUUCAAACCUUCUGAGGCUUUCAAGUUCAUAUUGCACUUGACUUAAAAAAUAUUUUUUGUUUAAAAGAGAAAAUAAAUGGGAAAAAUACUAAGAUGUGUGUUGGUUAUACUUGUGUUCAGUUGUACCGUUUUCAGGCAGCUGAUUUAAAAAGAAAAAUCAUAUCUAUAUUUCAAACUUCAAAUUGAAUAGCAGAUGCGUUAAUUCAGACGGUCUUAUGUUUCCAAUUAUGCAUCAUGUCCUAUGUCCUUUUACAGUUUUGGCCCAUUCUACAGUGUCUUAGUGGGACCUAAGAUUUGUGUAAUUACAAACUGUCAUUUUCAUUGGCAAAAAGAAAAAAAAGUUGUAUGAUCUGUGCCUUUUUUAUAUCUUGGCAGGUAGGGGAAUUAUUUGGAUGCAGGAAGUAAGGGAGAUUCUUUGAAAAUACUAAAUGUAAAAUAUAUGUAGCAAUCUCAUCAUUAGAACUUUUUAGGAGAAUGCAUGCUUUCCAUAAUGUUUUACAUACUUAAAAAUCAGCCUCAGCUACAGAAAAUGUAGAAAUUUGGUUUUUGCACUGAAAAAUUAGCAAUGAAUAGUCAUGACAAGGACACAUGUCUUUUUAUAGACAUAAUUGUUGAGGAAUUUUUAUGUCUUGAAAGAUUAAAAUAUCUUUUCUUUUUCACUUUUUUUUUUUUUUCUUAGAGGUGAAUGCGUACCUAUUUACAAAAUAGUCUUCGUUUGGCCUAAACUGAUCUGUUUUUUUUUUUUUUUUUUUUUUUU